AUGCCUACUCUGGUGGCCUCACCAUCUUAUCGCUGUUGUGGGUUGAAAAGUAUGAUGAAGACCAUCCUCCUGCUAUACUUGCUGUUGGCCAUCCUUUCCCCUGCAGUCCCCAGCAUGAGACAGACUGACCAUCACAAUGAAGAGCCCAAGGUAACUCACCUCCAUGAGCAGCAUCCUCAUGAGGAAGAUUCUCUUGCUUUCUGCCAGCAUAUAAUACCCAGCAACACAGACUUUGCCUUCAGGUUUUACAGGCAAGCAACUGUCCAAACACCUGGCAAGAAUAUUUUCUUCUCCCCAGUCAGUGUCUCUGCUGCCUUUGCCCUGCUGGCCCUGGGCUCCAGAGCCACAACCCAGGCUCAGCUGCUGGAGGGGCUGGCCUUUAAUCUCACCAACAACAGGGAGGAGGAGAUACACCGUGGCUUUCAUCAUCUCCUUCUCUUGCUGAACCGUCCUGGCAGCCAGGUGAAGCUGAACAUGGGAAAUACCUUGUUUGUGGACAAACACCUGAAGCCACUGACAACAUUUCUGAAGGACAUAAAAAAACUGUACAAAGGGGAAAUUAUUUCUAGUAACAUUCAGAAUUCUACUGAGGCUAAAAAAGAGAUCAAUGAUCAUAUAAAAAACAAAACCCAUGGGAAGAUAAAUCAAAUACUUAAAGACCUUGAUCCAAACUCUUUAAUGGUACUUGUUAACUAUAUUUAUUUCAAAGCCUACUGGGAAAAUCCUUUCAAUAUGAAGGGGACUCACACGGAUUAUUUCUAUGUGAAUGCAAAGACGUUGGUUGAAGUGAAGAUGAUGAUUCGAGAUAGCUUUUAUGACAUAUAUUCUGACAAGAAGCUGUCAUGCAAGGUGGUGAGGAUUCCUUACCAGGGAAAUGUUUCAGCAUUGUUCAUUCUGCCCAAUGAAGGAAAAAUGAAAUGGCUGGAGGAUGGUCUGAUGAAAGACACAGUAUCUAAAUGGGAAAAAUCACUUGAAAGACGGAGGAUGGAAGUGCAUAUUCCAAAAGUAUCCAUUUCUGGCACCUAUGACUUGAAGAAGAUGGUCAUGAAUCUGGGUGUAACAGAUGUGUUUUCUGACCAGGCUGAUCUGUCUGGAAUCACAGGAAAAUCCGAUCUGAAGGUUUCAAGAGCUAUUCACAAGGCUCUGCUGAAUAUUCACGAGAAUGGCACAGAGGCUGCAUCAGUCACUGGCACAGAGUUUGCUCCUCAUUCAGUUCCUCCUGUUAUAAAGUUCAACCGUCCAUUUUUGCUGUUGAUUGUUGAUCAGUACACUCAAAGUAUCCUCUUCAUAGGAAAAAUUGUAAACCCACUGAAAAAUGAUUGA